AUGAAGAUGAAAGGCUGUCUCAAAUCCCCCUCGCCCUCCUCCUCAGGCGUCAGCACACCCGACCCCCUCUCCACCUCCACCUCGCCCUCGCCGUUCUACGCCAACUCGAACGCAUCCACCACUUCUACCGCCUCGAGCACGAGCACAGGCACCGGUACCUCCCAGCAGCGCAAAUGCAAGUGCGUGGCGUUUGGUGACGAGGGCAGUUUGGAGGAAGUGUAUACCGCGGACGAGUGGGACCGCACACCGACGGAGCCUGCGAGGAAGUUGACUUACCAAUGUGGGGGGAGCUCCGGGGGUCGUGUGCUGUGGUCGUGUGCCGCGGCGUUUCUCGUUGCCCUUGCCCCUCCCCCCCACUUCUCCCUGUUCUAUUCGCUUUCCAUAUUCGCUGUCCUUUUCGCCUUAGACCUCCUAGAACUAAAAGAAAUCCAACGCUCCCUCCCGCGCGCCAACCAGCCAUGUGACGUUCUUGCAGGGCGCGCGGCGAGACAUUAUUUGUCGGCCGUGCCGAUUGGGCUGUUGCCUUUGUUGCCUGAGGGCGCGGGCGGGGGUGGGAGUAGUGUAGGGGGAUAUGGUGGUAGUGGUGGGAGUAGUGUAGGGGGAUAUGGUGUAGGUGGUGCGGGUGGCGCGAGUGGAUAUGGACAAGCCCAUCGGGGUGGACGGGACGUUAGUCCUUUGCGAAACGGCGGCGGCGGCGGUGGAGGGUAUGGGUAUGGGGCGAAGGUUCCAGCGGCUGCGCCGUUGUAUGGUAGCGGGAAUGGUGAUAGCGGGAAUGGUGAUACCGCUUCGAAUAUAAAUCCAACCUCGAAUUCGAACUCGAAUCUCUCCUCGAAUCUCUCCUCAAAUUCCUCCUCAAAUCCCCUCUCAAAUCCCUCCACAAAUCCCGUCUCAAAUCCCUCCUCAGAUCCCUCCUCGACCUCGAACCCAACCCCAACCCCGAACUCAACCUCGAACUCGAGCGCGAGCGCGAUAGGCGCACCACCGGCAAUCACCUUCCAGCGCAAACCCGUCUCACCCACCAGUCCUAUCUCACCCACCGCGUCGUCGUACGGUGCAGGUGCGGGGUACACAAAUGGUGCGGGGUAUGGUACAGGGGCAAGGGCGGGGUAUGGAUAUGGAUACACAGUAUCAGCGCCGACGUCGCCUACACCUUCGGCUGUGUCUUUCGGUGCUAGCGCUGCUUCCACGACAUCUUUCGGUGCUAGUUCUACAGGAGGAGGAGGAGCGGCGACAGGAGCGGCGGCGGCGGCGGGGACAGCGGCGGUGCGCCCCCCAUUCCCAUUCCCAUUCCCAUUCCCGUUUCCGCACCGGUCGUACUCGUCGCCUGCGCUCGGUGCUGGUGGAGGAGCUGGUGGAGGUGCUGGUGGAGGUGCGAAUGGCGGCAAUGGGAAUGGGAAUGGUGGGAAUGGGGUGAGCGCGCGGUACCUCUUUCCCGCGCGUACGACGCCCGUUGCUGGUGCUGGUGUAGGUGCAGGCGCGGCGGGAACGAGGGUAGGGGCAGGGGCGCCUGUGAGACCUGGGUUCGCGUAUCUUGCUGGGAUGAAUAACGUCGGCAAGCCCGCGCCGCGCGAGCAAGAGAGGGAGAGGGAGAGAGAGCGGGAGAGGGAGCGGGAGCGGGAGCGGGGAUUCACGUUAAACGUCGAUAACGACGCCGACGUGGACGUGGGGUCUGAGAGUGAUUCGGACGCUGGGACUGUGAACACCACUUGCACCUCUAUAACCUCCGCUUCCGCCUCUUCCGCCUCCGAAACCGAGACGGAAACCGAGACGGACUUCCAUACAGAAACAGAAACGGACUUCCACACUGACACAGACCUCGAUACCGACCUCGACGCGGACACGGAUACGGAUACGGACACGGACCAUACGCGCGCGUCGACGCCUGCGCCUUCGUGUGCUUCUGCUUCUGCUUCUGGGUCGAGGGACGGGUCGAGGGAUGGGUCGAGGGCGUCGAGUUGUUCGCGCAAUGCCGUUGAUGGUGUUGUUGGUGGUGGGGUUUUGAAGAAGGGUCGUGGAGAGGGGGCGGGGUCGUAUUUCCCGCAUGUGGAUGGGAAGCAGCGAGAGGAGGUGGAUGGGAAGCUACGAGAGGAAGGGGAUGGAAAGGGGGUGGAGGAGGUGAGAGGACGGCAGCUUGCGAGUGCGAGUGCGAGUGGAGGUGCAUUUGGGUUCGCAUCUGCAUCUGCACCCAUACCGGCCUCAUCAACCCCCGCGGCACCCGCAUCCGCACCUUCAUCAACACCCACAACACCCUCAUCAAGCGCACCCUCAUCUGCACCAGCCGCACCCGCACCAACGCCAACAUACACGCUAUUCAAACACCUCCCGCCGCUCCGCGGACAGGUGAACCUCCGCUCGAGAGGGGAGGUGGUGUUGGGUGGGUGUCCUUCUUCGUCAUCUUCGAGGGCGGGUUCGAGGGCUGGGUCGAGGGCGGGGUCGGUUUCGAGAGAUGUUUCGAGGGAGAGGGAGAGGGGUGCUUCGAGGGAGAGGGAGAGGGCGGGGUCGGUGUCGAGGGAGAGGCAGUUGGAGAGGGAGGGAGGAUGGGAGAGGGAGAGACAAUUGGAGAGGGAGCCCAAGAAGAGAAUGGGAGGGAUGUCAGUUCUACCCGUGCAUAUUGUCGAUCCGCCGUCUCCGCUUAUUUUGGACGUUGAUGUCGACGUCGAUGCUAAUUUUAACGCCGAUGGCGUUGGCGCACAGAUGCGGAAUGGGCGUGGUGGUUCGGGGCUUGCGAAGGUGUAUGGUGAUGUUGGUGAAGAGGCGGAGGUGGGUGGGGGGGAGUGGGUGCCUUUGAAGCGGAAGUUGGUGCAGGAGGUGGAGGUGGAGAGUAAGCUGGCAGAGCAGGAGUCAGAGCAGGAAAAGAAGAAUAAGAAGGGGAAGGGGAGGAAGGAAGAUAGGAAACGCGAGUUUAUCGUUAUAAAUGAUGUUAAAGUUUACCUUGACGAUGACGACGAUGAGGAGGAGGAGAACGAUGAGGCGGGGGAAGGGGGAGAUGGUGAUGGCGAGUCCAAAGAGGAGAAGGAGGAUACGGCGUUGUCAAUACCGCGGUUUACCCCUCCUCUGUCUGCGUCGGUUGGAGGUGUGUUGGCUGCUGCUGCUGCUGCUGCCUCUUCAACUUCGACUGCGACGAUUGGGACUGCGACUGCGACACCGCCCGCGACGAUAGCUGCUCGAGCAGCGAGUGAAAGCGCCACUGUCGGCGGUGACUCUUCCAUCCCCAGCAGCAGCACUAACACGCAGACCGCGCAGAACACGUUAAACACCAACGUGAACCUCCAUCUGCCUGUACGGUUCAAGCGGAGCGUGUCGAGUACCGUUUGA